AUGCACGCUAUUGUUCAGCUCGUUGUUUUCACUGUCCUUACCGGCCGCGUGUGGUCUUUUGACACAGCCAAGGACAUUGUCACGGUCGACCAGGUCAAGAGCCGCGUUGCCGACCUGCAGCGGUCCCUGUCCCUUACCGUCAACAACGCAAACCCGCCAUGGACGACGGCCGACCUUGCCAACGAGCCGGUCUGCGCUGGCAAGAUUACCAGCUGCAGCACCGUCUACUUUAGAAACAUGAAGUGGCUCGAGGGCGUCGGCGACGUGACCAUUACCGCGCACGCCAACGUGGACGCUGAUCUGGAGACGCGACACGAGGGCGGCACCCCGCAGCCCGACAAGGUCACCACCAAGACGUCGACCAUGCUGACGGGCACCACCACCAAGGGCUGGAAGGUCGGCCUCAAGCUGUCCCCCGCCAAGCCCGUCGCGUCCCUCAUCGGCGGCGACAUCUCGGGCGAGUACAGCGAGCAGUACGCCGAGGCCAAGGCGACGACCACGGAGCGCUCGGUGGAAAAGUUUUGCCCCCCCGAGCACCGCUGCACGAUCCAGACCAUCACCUACCAGGCGACGCUCCCGGGCAACUGCCUCUCCUACCCCAUGAUUGACUGCGGCGGCGGCAUCGAUCCCUGCGGCACCUUUGGCCAGACGCCGAUUGCGAGCAAAUACCCCACGUCCGACGUCAUGGACUCGUUCUUCCAGCCGUGCCAGCAGUUUUUGGACUUUGCCAACAAGGAGUGCAACAGGGACUUUAACAAGACGGAAAGUUGCGAGAUUACGGUGCCGAUUCUAAACGCCUCGGGCCAGCCGUACUCGCACAUGAUUACUACGCAGGAGAGCCUGGACAAGGCCCCUGCGCGUCGUGCCGACAAGGGUCUUCGUGUCCGUCGCCAGGACAAGGCGGCAGAUGUCGGCGAGCCACCGGCCGAUCUCGUUGUUGAGUUCUUGGAGGAUCUCAACUAA